GGUGUGACUUGCCUCUUGCCCAAAGUCAACUGGGAUAGGAUCCAGCUCAUCCCAAAUGAUGAGGACAAUCGCCAUAGAAAAUACAUAGAGGUGAUGUCUGCUGCCAGUUACAAAUUUCUCUUCCCGCGAGCGCGGAGGUGAAUCCGGAUCCAACCUUUCCUCCAGCUUGGAUGAAGGGACCCAAAUUGACUGUCGAGGUUUGCUGUGGAUAAAACAAUAUUACCUCUACAGGCAAGUGUUUUUGUACAUACAGAGCAUUGCCUCCAAUUGUCAUGGUAAUGCCUCUCAAGUGACCUGGGAGACCUCCAGGUUAACAUCCAAAGUGACCCCUGCUAAAACCACUCGACUUGCCAGUCCCAACAGCGUCAGCUGUCAGUGAAGGUGACACGGGUUGAAAGGAUUCUGAAGUGGAUUCUUUUUCCUCUGCGGUGGUGGCUGCCUUACUCAUCAGGCUGGGAGUGGCAGCAAGAUGCCUGAACUGGACGAUAUUCCCCCCCUGAGGGGACCUGGAGACCCUGAAAUGGGCCUCCAUGGUCCCGCUGACCCAAUUCAGAUUCAGCACGGGAUCCUGGAGGAACAAGUGGAGCUGUGGUGGUUCAGAGAACCCGGGAAGUCUCUGCUGUGCUACUCCAUCGCUGUAUUUCUAAUCGUGGGCUGUGGGCUCGGGGGUGUUGGCCUCCUCUCCACUACCACCAGCGUCUCCAGCGAAUGGCGGUUGGGUGUGGGCACGGCCCUUUGCCUGCUCGCCUUGGGGGUUUUGCUCAAACAGCUGCUCAGCUCAGCAGUGCAGGACAUGAAUUGCAUUCGAAGCCGGCAGCAGAUUGACAUGCUCAAAAGUGGAGGCUUAUCUGAUUUCCUUGUGGUUUUGAUUGCUGGAAUGUCCAUGCUCAUUUGUGGAGGGGUUCUACUACAUCUGGCCCUGGUGAACCAUAUGCCCAAACCAGGCCAAGCACUUAACGAUAUGUACGUCUCUGGUGUGGUGUUGCUGACUGGAGGGGGGGCUGCAGUUCUGGGCGUUGGAAUUUACUCUUUUGUGGUCAUCCUACUUGAGAGGACACGGCCUGGACGAAGGUUCGUGGACAGGAUGUUGAACAUCUUCACCAUCUCUGGGCACAUGGACAACCGGGCUCGUCGAGAAACUACCUCAAGCCUGGCUAAUCUCAUAUGAGAUUAAACAGCAUGAAUGUCGCCUCUUUUGGGUUUUAGCUCCUAAUUUCUGUACAUUAAACUGACUUCCAAUCCUUUCUGGGGACAAAAAGACGUGAAGAUGACACAUC